CGCAGCAUGGAGGAAAUGUUGGACUCUCUGCAUGACAACUGCUGUAUCCCUUACCUCGAUGACAUCCUCUGCUACUCCGACUCCUUCACUAGCCAUGUUGAGGGAGUACGUCAAGUCCUGAGAGCCUUGCAGUCCCAUGGUGUCAAGCUUCGACCAACAAAGUGUGAGCUGUUCCAGAAAGAGGUCAGGUAUGUUGGGAGGCUGGUCUCUGCAGACGGUGUCAGGAUUGACCCAAAAGACAUUGAUGCCAUUAUGUCUCUGAAAGAGAAGAGGCCAAGCACAGUUGGAGAAGUGCGGAAGUUACUGGGUUUCCUAAGCUACUAUAGAGCCUAUAUUCAAAACUUCUCAAGCAUUGCAAAACCAGUUUAUGAUCUGUUAAAAAUUAAAGGAAACUCUACCGUGACACAGGGGAAACAUAAGGUGGGAAAAGGAGCUCAGAUGCCCUCAAGGACACCUGUCCCGUGGACUGAUGAUCACCAACGGAUUCUUGAACAGCUGAUUGACACGCUUUCACACCCACCUGUGUUGGCCUAUCCGGAUUUCAAACUGCCAUUUGUGCUCCACACUGACGCCUCUCAGCAGGGACUCGGCGCUGUGUUGUAUCAACGACAGGAUGGAAAAAUGAGAGUCAUCGCCUAUGGUUCAAGAACUCUGUCUCCCGCUGAGAAGAAUUACAACAUGCACUCAGGGAAACUGGAGUUUCUUGCUCUUAAGUGGGCGAUAUGUGUGAAAUUUAGGGAUUACCUGUUCUAUGCACCCCAUUUCACAGUAUACACAGACAAUAAUCCCCUCACAUACAUGAUGAGUACUGCCAAGCUGAAUGCUGUGGGCCACCGAUGGGUAGGUGAGCUAGCAGACUUUAGGUUUGAUGUCAAAUACAGGCCAGGAAGAGUGAACAUAGACGCAGACACGCUCUCUCGUCUCCCUCUUGACAUUGACACCUACGUUAGAGAGUGUAUUGAGGAACUCACAAGAGAAAUCAUCCAAACCACAUGGGAUAGUUGUGAGUCUGCAAAGAGGCAGGAUGUUGCUUAUGUUGCUGCAUUGGACCUGGCUUCAUGCUCAGUCACCUGUGAAUGUGUCACCCCUUACCAUUGACCACAGUGAGCUAGUCAAUGCCCAAAGGGAGGACCAUGCAAUCGGUGAGCUUAUCAAACUUAAAGAGGCCAAGGCAGUAUUGACCAAUGAGGACAAGAAGAGAGCCAGUGGUACACUCAGAAAGCUCAUGCACGAGUGGGGAAAACUGCACAUGGAAAAUCAACUGUUGUACCGGACGGCCAGUCAGCGGCAGCAGCUCGUCUUACCAUCACGAUACCACCCCCUGGUACUAAAGCAUCUCCAUGACGACAUGGGACAUGUUGGGGCUGAGAGGGUCAUCCACCUGGCUCGAGACCGUUUCUACUGGCCUUUCAUGAAAAAGGACAUUGAAACCUAUGUAACCAGAAAGUGUCCCUGUAUAGAACAAAAGAAACCUGUGACACACGUCAGAGCACCAAUGGGCAGCAUCACUUCAUCUGCACCACUUGAGCUUGUGUCUAUAGACUAUAUGCACCUGGAAACUAGCAAAGGGGGCUACGAGUACAUUUUAGUAGUUAUUGACCAUUUUACCAGAUUUGCUCAAGUCUACGCAACAAAAAAUAAAUCUGGCAGAACAGCUGCUGAAAAAAUCUAUAAUGACUUUAUUCCAAGAUUCGGCUACCCGGCCAGGCUACACCACGACCAAGGCAGAGAGUUCGAAAAUGACCUGUUCAAGACCCUGAGGCAUCUGGCUGGAGUUGCUCAUUCAAGGACAACCCCAUACCACCCCCAAGGAAACCCAGCUGAGAGGUUCAAUAGAACACUGCUCCAAAUGUUGAGGACCCUGGGAGAAAAAGAAAAGAGCAACUGGAAAGAACACUUAUCCCUGGUUGUACAUGCAUACAACUGCACCAGGCAUGAGGCAACAGGCUUCUCACCCCACUACCUCAUGUUUGGACGGCACCCGUGUCUCCCAGUAGAUUUAAUGUUUGGCCUGUCAGCCAAAGGUCAGACUGAAACAACACAGGGCUAUGCUAAGAAAUGGUCUCUGAGAAUGAAAGAGGCUUACCGGAUUGCAUCUGAAAACAGUCAACACUCCAGUGCAAGAAACAAGAAGUACUAUGACUGUCACAUCAAGGGAGUUGUGCUCCAACCUGGUGAUAGAGUCCUAGUCCGUAACAUGAGUGAGAGAGGUGGACCUGGAAAAUUGAGGUCCUACUGGGAACAAACUGUGUAUGUCGUCAAAGAACAAGUUGGUGAAAUUCCUGUGUACAAAGUGUGCCCUGAGACAGGUGGUGAUAAGAUCCGUACCCUCCAUCGAAAUCUCCUACACGUUGUCAAUGACCUACCUGUAAACUUGCCUGAACUAACAGGAAAUCCGCUACCACCUAGAGGGAAAAGCAAGAGUCAUCAUGUUGAGAAACCACGACAGAGAGAGACAUCACAAAGCAGUGACUCAGAAAACUCUGAUGAUGAGGCACCUAGAGUACGAUACUGGCUAAGAGUACCUCCACAAGCUGGACUUCACUCACAGAAUGUUGAACCUAGCUCUGGAUCUCAGCGAAACACAGAUGGUCCGAAAAGGGUACCUGAACCACAUAGAUAUAGAGUGCCAUCGAGAUAUCAUACACCAGAACAACAUGGAGUUGUUACACCUGAGAGAGAAACCAGACAAGAACAACCAGAAGAACGGACUGAUGAGGAAGACCUGCCUGUGGAUUCUGAAGCACCGGAAGAGCAUGAGAAAUACUAUCUGUCAUCGCGCCCUGCAUAGCGGGGCCUGUUACACUAUUGUAAAAAAAGAUGUUUACUGAAAAGAUUAAAUGAUACUAAGAAGACUGAA